AUGCGUGAGCGAGGCUUGGACGAGGCUUCUGAUGAAGAGGAUGAGGCUUUUGAUGAAGAGGAUGAGGCCUCUGAUGAAGACGACGAGGCUUCUGAUGAAGAGAAUGAAGCAGACUCUGGCUACGGCAGUCUCUCAGAGGAGGACGUCAGUGAAGAGGAAGACGAGGACACGGAGGGUGAAGAGGAAGACGAGGACACGGAGGGUGAAGAGGAAGACGAGGACACGGAGGGUGAAGAGGAAGACGAGGACACGGAGGGUGAAGAGGAAGACGAGGACACGGAGAGUGAAGAGGAAGACGAGGACACGGAGGGUGAAGAGGAAGAAGAGGACCCGGAGAGUGAAGAGGAAGACCAGGGUAUUCCUUCACCCCCCCGUGGGACCCCCCUGCGGACGUGGAGGAUCCUGUGGAGGGUCCUCAGCCGCGACCAGCGAGCAGCAAGCCCUCCUCCAGCGCCCUGUCCCGUCUUUGAAGAGGAGCGUCGUCCAGGGGGGUCCAGACGCCACAGGGAUGAAGAUGAAGAGGAAGAGCCCAUCUCCAAGAGGCCACGCUUCUCCAACUCUGAGGACAUCGAGGAGGAGCCCACCCCCUCCACCUCUGCUGGGACGUCCGGGGGAUUCGUCCCCUACUUCCAGCAGCUCCCCCGGCUCCAAGACUCUGAUUCUGACUGA